GCCACCAUUUCAAACUCCGAUCCAAUGGCCACCGACGGCAGCCGCGACUUCCUCACCUCAGCAUCCAAAACGCCUUCAGCCGAGAAGUCGGCUUCUAGGAAACAAAGGCAACAGCAUCAGGCUAUGGACACUUCCAACAAACGGAGAUUUGAGGCCUACAACCGCCUUCAGGCCGCCGCCGUCGCCUUCGGAGAGAAGCUCCCGAUCCCCGAGAUCGUAGCGCUGGGCGGCCAGUCCGACGGCAAGAGCUCACUGCUUGAAGCGCUGCUAGGGUUCCGAUUCAAUGUGCGUGAAGUCGAAAUGGGCACUCGGCGCCCUCUCAUUUUACAGAUGAUUCACGACUCCAAUGCGCUUGAGCCUCGCUGCCGAUUUCAGGAUGAGGAUUCUGAAGAAUAUGGGAACGAAAUGGUAUCAUCUACGGCGAUUGCAGAUACCAUAAAAUCUCGUACUGAAGCACUUUUGAGGGAGACCAAAACGGCUGUUUCAGCUAAGCCCAUUGUUAUGAGAGUGGAAUAUGCACAUUGUCCUAACCUUACCAUUAUAGAUACUCCAGGUUUUAUUCUCAAGGCAAAGAAGGGUGAACCAGAGAGUACACCCGAUGAUAUUUUGUCGAUGGUCAAAUCUUUGGCUAGUCCACCUCAUCGCAUUAUUCUAUUCCUUCAACAGAGUAGUGUUGAAUGGUGUUCAUCUUUGUGGUUGGACUCAAUACGUGAGCUAGAUCCAACCUUCAAGCGCACAUUUGUUGUUGUCUCCAAAUUUGAUAACCGACUCAAGGAGUUCAGUGACCGUUGGGAAGUGGACAGCUAUUUAAGUGCGGGUGGAUACCUUGGGGAGAACACUCGACCCUUUUUUGUUGCUCUUCCAAAGGAUAAAAGUAUAGUGUCAAAUGAUGAGUUUCGUAGGAAAAUAUCUCAGGUAGAUACAGAAGUGAUACACCAUUUACGUGAUGCAGUCAAAGGUGGAUUUGAUGAAGACAAGUACAGAUCCCACAUAGGUUUUGGCUGUCUUAGGGAUUAUUUAGAAUCUGAACUACAGAAGAGGUAUAAAGAGGCUGCCCCUUCUACAUUGGCCUUACUAGAACAACGUUGUAGUGAGGUAACCGCUGAGUUGACUAGAAUGGAGGUCAAAAUACAGGGAACUUCUGAUGUCGCGCACCUUCGCAGAUCUGCUAUGUUGCAUACCGCAUCUCUGAGCAACCAUCUGGAAUCACUUCUUGAUGGAGCAGCUGAUCCAGCACCAGAACAAUGGGGGAAAACAACAGAAGAAGAAAAACUUGAGAGUGGUAUAGGUGGUUGGCCUGGUGUUAGCACAGAUACAAAGCCUCCCAAUUCAACUCUUCGUCUUUAUGGUGGCGCUGCAUUUGAAAGAGUAAUCCAUGAGUUUCGCAUGGCCACCUAUUCUAUGGAAUGCCCAGUAGUGUCAAGAGAGAAGGUGGCAAAUAUCUUACUUGCACAUGCUGGCCGGAAUGGGAGUAGAGGAGUUUCAGAGGCUGCUGCAGAGAUUGCUCGUACUGCAGCUAAGUUGUGGCUUGCUCCUCUUCUGGACACAGCAUGUGACCGCCUUGCUUUUGUCUUAUGUAAUCUUUUUGAUAUUGCCAUUGAGAGAAACCGCCAUCAUCACACAGGAUAUGGUCUGCAAGCUGGAGACAUGGACGGGUUUGUUGGUUUCCUUGCUGCUUUGAGACACUCUUACUACAGCUUUGUAAAGGAUCUUGCCAAGCAAUGCAAACAAGUAGUUCGGCACCAUCUGGAUUCAGUCACAAGUCCAUACUCUCUGAUUUGCUACGACAGUGACCUCUCUGGGAGUUUCAGUUCCGGUGUAAACUCUAUGUACCGUGGAAAUAAAGUCCAAACUAGCUCAUUUGCUUUUGAUCUGUCAGAUGGAGGGCAUAUAGCUCGUCGAGAAAUUAUUGACCAGCCAGAAAACAUCCCCCCAGGAAAAGAUGAGACGACUCCAGGAAAAAUGAUUGAAUCUAGGGAAGUCCUAAAAGAAUGUCAGAUGACUGUGCCUGAGACCCCAUCACCUGAUCAACCAUGUGAUGGAAACUACGUGGUAAAGAAAGAACCCAGUAAUUGUGUUGAAGUUGGAGCAAGGAAACGGCAAGCUAGAAUUGCAGGCAAUAACAAGAAUUUGGCUCACUUCAGAACCCAAAAUGGCGGUGUCCUGUUUUCUGGUGGAACAGGUUCAGGAUCUGUAUACACAGAGAUAUGUUCAUGUGCUGCUCAACAUUUUGCUGGAAUUCGUGAAGUUCUGGUUGAGAGGGGUGUGGCAUCAAGUUUAAACUCAGGAUUCCUCACACCUUGUCGCGAGAGGCUUAUGGUUGUGCUCGGAUUGGAUUUGUUUGCUGUUACUGAUGUGAAAUUCAUGGACAUGUUCGUUGCACCUGAAGUUAUUGAUAUGCUUCAGAACGAAAAGCAAUCACUCCAAAAGCGCCAGAAAACACUGCAUUCCUGCUUGAACGAGUUCAAGAACGUUGCCAGAUCACUGUGACAGAAACAUCUCAAACUCUCCCCACAGUGAACUCUUAGUUUGCUAAAGGUAUGUAGUUUGAUCGAAGUCGCUUGAUGCUGUCCAAACUUCUGAUUUCACAACUGGUGAAAUGAUCAUAUGCAAUAGAGUAGGUCCGACCUUUCUGUUUUGAAACAAAUGGAUUGCAUUGUUAGUCUACUGGCUUUAUCUCAUUUUUAACUAAAUAAACAUAUUAAAAUAGCUAUUUUGA